CUCGUAUGCAGCCUCUAUUUGACUACGUUUCAAUAUCACGAAUGUAUCAUCAACCUAUCGGAUCCGCAACUUUGGGUUGAUUACGGGCAGUACAUCCUCUUCAAGUUUUUGCAUUACUAUUUCUGCAACGAAUCCUGACACAAUGGAUCCCAUCGGGGCUCCUUUCACCUACUCAUAGAUCUGUUGAUCAAAAGCAAACUCUGAAUCAUCCCUAUCCUCAUCCCCCUUUCUACAAACACAAGUUUUGUGCAUGGACUGCAAGAUGAAUUUCGAUGACAAUGCGGCAUUUCGACAGCAGGAAAUCUUUUCGAAACGCGAUUGGGACCAAGAGGACGAACGUGAUGCGAGGGCGGCCAAGUCGAAUCUGACCUACAUUGGCCUGGACGGUAGCAUCGGAUGUUUGGUGAACGGCGCUGGACUUGCGAUGGCCACCAUGGACCUGAUCCAGCUGCACGGCGGUAGCCCCGCAAACUUUUUGGAUGUUGGUGGCGGGGCAACUGCAGCACAGGUCACGGAGGCGUUCCGCCUCAUCACAUCCGACCCGAAAGUUCACGCGAUUUUGGUCAACAUUUUCGGUGGCAUCAUGCGCUGUGAUGUGAUCGCUCAGGGAAUUGUAGCCGCAGCCACCGAAUUGAACAUCAAGGUGCCCAUUGUUGUCCGACUCCAAGGUACGCGAGUUGAAGAUGCCAAAGCAAUCAUUGGAAGCAGUGAAAUGAAAAUACUCGGCUGCAGUGACUUAGAUGAAGCCGCUCGCCUGGCUGUGAAAUUGGCCGAUAUCGUGCAUUUGGCUCGUCAAGCUGCAAUCGACGUCUCAUUCCAGCUGCCCCUCUGAGCCUAAGUGAUCAACUUCUUAACCCCAUCCCUCCUCUUUUUCAACGUUAAUUCUUUCUUUCUUUUUUCUCCUCUUUAUGUGUCCCAACUCUGGGAACAAAAACGCUAUGCGGCAAGUUUUCACUUGCCAACAGAGUAUUCGUACGUGGUUACCACCUUAUUUGCUUCUAGUGACCCACACACCUGUUCUCUUACUUUCUCCAUUAGAACUCAACAAAUUUCUUAUUUUGUUUUCGCACCUGAUUGCAACUAGAAUUUGGUAUUGCUGUUUUACCCUAUUUGUAAUGUCAGAUGAGUGUAUUUGCUUCUUUGUUGUAUAACCAGGGAACUACUUAUGUUGGCGUCUUUCCAAGCCGUUCUUAUUCGCUUGCUUUAUUUUGCCCUUAUUUUUACGAAUAUACUUAGACUACUCAUCAGUAGGUUGUUUUAUACGUGCCAUUUUGGCGUUCUCUGUUCGCUUCCGAAGUGUUGCUCGCCCGUUCGUCAAAUGAAUGCUAGCAAAUCAG